AUGGUCGGAUCGACCUACUCCUCGGAGUCAGGGACCAGGCCCGUGACUCCCCUCAACCUGCGGUCUCAGAUGGAUGCGGGGUACCAUAGCGGGGGAAUUACCAUCGUAGAGAAGCAUGUCAUGAGGGAGCUACCGAAUGCACAGAACAGUCAGCUGGAGGCUGCUGCGAGCCAGCUCGAGUCGCCUGAUUGCUCUUCUGUCUCAGCUCAAGUGCUCUCAAGGCCGGCCGCUGGCAGCAGCCUUACGAGCUUUCCAAUCAGCGAGCUGUACCACGUGGAGCACUACCUCAAGGCGGUGCAGCGACAGUCCGUCGCAGCCCGUCGCAGCCUGCUGGGCCGGCGACAACAUGCGACUCCUGGCGCGCACGACGGCUCCGACCGAGCGAUUUUCGAAGACAUGCUGAGCUUUCAAAGGGAUCCCAUCCCGACCUCGCUCACGCGGCUCCCCACGGACCUGCAGACAAAAGCCGUGCGAAUGUUCCAAGACAUUCUGCACUACAUGGGGCUCAACGGCGCGCCGAUCACAGACGAACGCGAGCUGGCGCAGACGCUGGUGCGAAUCCUCAAAAUGGUUCUUCGAAAGCCAGAGAUGCGGGAGGAGUUAUACGCGCAGCUGCACAAGCAGACGCGGAAUAAUCACGACAGGGAGGCGUGUUUGCGGGCGUGGGAGGUGAUGCAUUUGUGCGCGUCGGUGGCGCCGCCUGGGGCGUAUCUCGGGACGCCUAUUACCGAAUAUGUGCAUGAGAUCGCGAACGAUGCGGGGGUGGACGAGGAGGUGAAGUCGCAGGCGCUCGCCACGUGGCACGCGCUGAAGAAGGCGAUGAAGAUCGGCGCGAGGAAGACGAUCCCGACCGUCGAUGAGCUGCUGGCGCUGAUGACGGGCCGUGCGCUCAAGACGAUGGUGUUCUUUCUGGAUGAUACGUUCGAGGAGGUCGGGUACGACGCGUCCACGACCGCCGCGGAGAUUCUGGAGAGAGUUGCAACCAGCAUUCGCCUGGAGGAGUUCCAGACCUUCGGGCUAUACGAGCACAGAAAAUACAUCACUCUCGCCAACAACAAUUCAGAGAACGUUUCCAACGACUAUAUGGGGAUCGACGAGAAAGCCUACAUGGGGGACGUGAUGGCGGAGCUCAUGAGUUUCAGAGAGAAGAGCGAGCGGCAAGUGCAGCUGCGCCUCCUCUUUCGCAAGAAGUUCUUUAGGGAGAACGAGGAGGCGAUCACAGACCAAGUGUUCGUGCAGCUGUCGUAUCUGCAGGCGAAGCAGGACUAUGAGGAGGGGAAUUACCCCGUGCCCAGGGAUGACGUGGCGCAGCUGGCGGCGCUGCAGUUGAUUGUGGACUUCGGCUUGCUUCCUGAGCCUGAGGUCACACUCGACUGGCAAGCGCAGGUGGAGCGGACUAUCCCAGUGCAGUUCCAGCCCAUGAGGCAGAAGCGCGAGUGGGACAUGGACGUCCUCACUCGCUACAAGGCUCUGUCGCACCUAACGCCUGAAGAUGCGAGGCAGCAGACGUUGAGAAUCAUCCGAGCUCUCCCCUAUGGCGGGUCUGCAUUCUACCAUGUGAGGCGCAUCGAAGACCCGAUCGGGCUGCUCCCCGGGCGAGUGCUUAUUGGCAUCAACAAGCGCGGGGUCCACUUCUUCAGACCUGUCCCGAAAGAGUACCUGCAUUCAGCAGAGCUGCGGGACAUCAUGCAGUUUGGCAGCAGCCCCGCCGCGGUCUUCUUCAAGAUGCGUGUGGUGGGCUCGCUGCACGUCUUCCAGUUCGAGACAACACAGGGGGAGGAGAUCUGCCUCGCCAUCCAGACGCACAUCAACGAUGCCUUGACCCGUCGCUUCGCCAGGCAAAGAGCGCGCCAGCACAACGCGCCGAUGCUUGGGUUGGGGCCUGCUGGGGGUGGUGGGGCGGCUGGGGAAGGGAUUUCGGCGGGUGGAGGAGGAGGAGGAGGGGUGUUGGGGGAGGGGCAGGGGCAGGGGCCGCACCCGAUUACGGAGUAUGAGCAUCGGACGAAGGAGCUUUCAGAGAGCUUGACCAGGGCAUUUAUGCACAUUGAACAGUUGAACCAAGAAGUGGCAGCGCGGGCAGCAGCAGAGGCGAAGUUGCAGAGCGAGCUGCAGGCAGUAAGGGAGGCGCUGAGGCAGGGCGAGGUGGCGAACGAGGAGGUGGUGGAGGAGAGAGAUAGGUUGGCCGAGAUGCUGCAGAUGGCGAAUCAGCCGGGCAGGGAAGCAGCGCUGUCGUCUGGGUCAAUAACACCAGGGAACGUGAGGCGGAGGGACGGGCUUGGCAGCACAGGCAGCAACAUGAGUCUGCUGAAUGACGCCAGGACACGAGCAUUGGAGUCUCAGCUGAAGGAGGUGCAGGAGGAGUUGAAGGCUGUGAGCAGGAGGGUGGAGGAGCAGGCGCAGGCAGCUGCGAGGGAGAAGCAGGCGUUGGAGAAGCAGCUGGCAAAUCUGGAGCUCACAAAGGACAACGAGAUCAAGGCCUUGGAUCUGCGGUCGUCAGCAGAGAGGGAUGAGCUGGCCGCCAGGCUGGCGAUUGCGGAGCAGCGAUUGGAGGAGAGCCGGGCGGCGGAGGCGCAGUUGCGGGAGGAGGUGAAGGAGAAGGAGGCACAGUCGGAGCACCUGGAGGAGUUCUUUAAGGAGUUAGAUGAACUGAGAGAGAUGAAGGAGGAGAUGGAGAGGAAUCGGGUGGAGAAUCUGGAGGUGAUACAGCGGCAGGGCAAGCAAAUAGCGGAGCUGGAGAAGGCUUAUAAGGAGGAGAUCGUGCUGCGGAAGAGAUACUACAACAUGAUGGAGGACAUGAAGGGCAAGAUCCGGGUGUAUGCGCGGUGGCGGCCGCUGAGUGGCAGGGAGCGGGGCGAGGGGCAGCGCAUGGUGCUGGAGAUGCCGGACGAGUUCACGCUGCAGCACCCCUGGAAGGACCCGCUCAGACCUGGCCAGCCCAAGGCGUAUCAGUUUGACCGGGUCUUCGACCACACCGCCACUCAAGAGGCCGUCUUUGAAGACACACGGUACCUCAUCCAGUCAGCCAUUGACGGCUACAACGUGUGCAUAUUCGCGUACGGGCAGACGGGCAGCGGGAAAACUUUCACCAUCUACGGAGGGGACAACAACCCCGGGCUCACGCCGCGCGCCAUGCAGGAGCUGUUCAACUGCCUCCGGAAGGAGGCUGGGCGCAUGAGCUACAAGCUGCAGGUGUACAUGCUGGAGCUCUAUCAGGACACGCUGCAGGAUCUCCUGCUGCCAAAGAGUGCCACCAAGAGGAAGCUGGAGAUCAAGAAGGAUGCCAAGGGCAUGGUCGUUGUGGAGAAUGCGACUCUCAUCGAGGUGCAGUACCUGUCCCAGCUGGAGGCGGUGGUGCAGGGGGGCAUGGAGAGGAGGGCAGUGGCCGGCACGCAGAUGAACGCCGAGAGCUCUCGGUCGCACCUGGUGCUGUCGAUCGUGAUUGAGACGACCGACCUGCAGACGCAGAACGUGUGCCGCGGAAAGCUGAGUUUUGUGGACCUGGCGGGAUCAGAGCGGGUCAAGAAGUCACGCUCCGAGGGAGAGCAGCUCAGAGAAGCGCAAUCCAUCAACAAGUCCCUGUCGGCUCUGGGGGACGUGAUCAGUGCGCUGGCGCAGGGCGGCGGGCACAUCCCGUACCGCAACCACAAGCUCACGAUGCUCAUGAGCGACUCGCUGGGCGGCAACGCCAAGACGCUCAUGUUCGUGAAUAUUUCGCCAGCGGAUGGGAACCUCGACGAGACCCACAACUCGCUCACCUACGCCACGCGGGUGCGGUCAAUCGUCAAUGAGGCGUCGAAGAAUGUCGCCAACAAGGAGGUGCAGUGGCUCAAGAGCAGGAUAUCUCACUGGAAGCAGCUGGCCGGGGCGAGGGCCGAGGAGGAGGAGUUAGAUGAGGUAUGGGGUGGGAAGCAGCUGGCCGGGGCGAGGGGGGAGGAGGAGUUGGAUGAGGUGGGAAAGAAGAGGAUGCCGGUCAGUGGCAAGGAAGGGGGCCGAGUACGGAGCAUACGGGGUAUGGUAGUGGUGGUGAGGGUGAGGGUCGGGAAGGCAGGUGCAAGGGGUGGGAAGCAGCUUGCAUGGGCGAGGGUAGAGGAGGAGGAGCUGGAGAUGUGUGAGUUGAUGAUGAUGCUGGUUGAGUGGGCACUGAAGUCGGUAAGGGGUUAUGCUUAG